AUGCCAUUUUACAUGUGUGUUCGACAUCGUGGGUUUGUUCUUCGUGAGUGGUGUGCUAGGCUACCCCCUAAAAUAGAAGACCGCCCUGGCCAUCCAAACCAUACACUUUUUCUCAUGCGUAACGUUACUGGAAAGUUCUUUGGUGUUUUUGGAUGUAAGAUUUGCAUGUUACCUUCCAAUGGUUUUGUGUAUGGAUGUAGCAUUUGUGAGUAUUAUGUAGAUGUCCAUUGUGCAUUCCUACCCAAAGAAAUUACGCAUGAAGCUCACCCCGACCAUCUUCUCUCAAGAAUAGAUGCUUCAUCCAGUCUAUCGGAAACACCAUGCAAUGCAUGUGGUUAUUACCUAAUAAAUUGCAUCGCCUUCUAUUGCCCUUCUUGCGAUUUCUACUUGGAUAUAGAGUGUGCUUUUCUUUUGCCUGGAAUGAUUAGCCAUAAGUACGAUGACCAUCCAUUAAACCUUAGAUAUGAUCCAGCCGAGAACCAUCCUAGCGACUACUUUUGUGAAAUUUGUGAGGACGAAUUUAACCCAGAAUCUUGGUUCUAUCAUUGUAGUUUUUGUGUCCAGUCUAUGCAUACUGCUUGUGCACCCUUAAUCUUACAGUGUGAGCAGGUUGUAUAUACCCGCUAUAAGAGAUGUAUCUUCUAUUUCGCCAAUGUCAAAUUUGGAGGGACGUGUCUAAUAAAAGAUCACCAACAUCGUCUAACAUUUACUCAAGGGAUCAAGUGUCAUGGUCGAUGCAAUCACUGUGGUGAAGAGUUGCAGUACAGGAUGAUCUUUAAUUGCUUGGAAUGCAAGUACGCAGUUCAUCGUCGACUUGUUACUCCUACUGCUCUCGUUACAGGACAAGAUGCUGCUAAAUUUCUUCACAUGCCAACCAUAGAAAUACCAAGUCGUAUAAUGAAGAAGCGUAUAUUAUCAAAACAGAUUAAAAAAAAGAAGCAUAUAUAUAAUGCUCUCCCUUGA